CAGCGCAUUUGCGUCAGCACUGUCGGCUUUGCUGACGUAGGCCGGUCUUUCAGCGCGGCUUCCUUCCUGUUAGAAGCCGGUGCUGUGAAAGAGAGGGCAACACACGGCCCAGUCUGUAAUCCGCGAACAUCGGCCCUGGGAAGCGAGACAAGCCGCUGAAAGUUACCCUUAAGGAUGUCGGGGACCCGGACUGAGUGGUAUGUCAGGAUAUUGGCGGAGGAUGAGCUGGGGGAGGGAGGCCAGGGAGCUGCACAGUGCACAGUAAAAAUGGCUGCCCUGCUGGGCUCUGGGUGUAGGGGAAGGAGCCAGGGACAGGGUAUGGCGCUCUGUGUAAUGAGGGUGGCAUGAAUCAGAUGGACGGUCCAGUCUGAGUAAUAUUUAUUGUGACAGUAAGUCAAACCUAUUCCAUUUUUUUUUCUUUAUUGCUAAAGGAAAUAUGUGAUACAGGCCCAAGCUGCAAUCUUUGCUGCUGCAUUUUAGCAAAUAUAACACAGCUGUUAACUAAAAGAAGCAGGGGUUAUUUAAUUGUGUUAUUUAGUGGAAACAACUAGACCAGGUUAACAUCUGGAAUUACUCCCAGCUUGUGUUAGUAUGUGAAAGUAAGGGUUUACAGUAAGGUGAUAAAUAUAUAUAUUUUUUUGUUUAGAUAUUUGAACUAUUUAAUGACCAGAGUAGUGCACACUCAACAUCUAAGUGACUUUGUUGCAGGAUUAAUCAAAGGAAAGUGCUGUGCUGUUUGUGCAUUUUGUUUCUGGAGAAUUUGUUGGUAAGAUAGAGUAUUAGUGUGUUUUGAGUGCCUCUGCUGGGGAGCAGUGGUAUUUAUUGUAAAAAAAAAAAAGAUCAAAUUGGGGAUUUUAAGAAACAAUACUGAAAAAAAAAAAUUGUACAAUCAUGCCAACUCUUGAAAUAGUUGUUGUAAGCAGAGAGAAAAUGUGUAGCAUUUGUGGUGUUCACAUUAAUAACUUUAUCAAUAUAUAUUAGGAAACCUCAUCAGGUAAAGUGCUAGGUUAUGCACGUCUUAGAGUCCUUAUCAAAGGGAUAACUAAACAUGGCAUAAGAAAUAGUUGUAUGUAUAUUGGGUCCUGACAAAGGAAUGUACCGGUAUUCUUUGGGACUUUUAUUUUUUUUAUUUUUUUAAAUUUGGAGGCUAGGUGAUAUAAGUGUUCAUUGGAAAAACUAUUGGUGGGUUUCUCAUGGGGGUGGUUGUAUUUUGCAGGAGAGUAUUAAUCAAACAGUAUGAUGGUGAUUGCUUCGGGUGCUCUAGAAGAUGGUGGAAGUACUUAAAGUUGAUAGGAAAUUUUUUUUUGCUAUGAAAUGUAUAGAUUUCUGUUUAAAAGAUCCUGCCCAACAAACAUGUUUCAGGGAUAAUCUGUGUAGUUGCAAACUUCAGAUGGCUUAAGCAGUGAACAACACUGUUAUGCAAUGCAUGCUGAGAAUAAAUGCAAAAUUUAAAGUGUGUGUGUGUAUACAUAUAUAUAUUUCCUGUCCUGGUAGCAUACUUGUGUUAAAUGUGAUUAACUGAGAUACUUUCCCAUCCACUCGUCCAGGUCUGACACAAUGGCAAAAUUUCAGGCUCCAGUGAUAAAUGACAACCCUUUGGGUUGGGGACCUUGUGCAGUGCCAGACCAAUUCAAGGACAUGCCCUAUCAACCAUUCAGCAAAGGAGACCGUCUUGGAAAGGUAUAUUGUUAAACAUUUCUGCGUAUAUAAUUUGGUGUUAAAAUAAGACACUAUUAUCUGCAUACUAUACAUUACUAACUCAGUGGGUGUUUGGGAACCUGUUUGUUCUCACCUUUGGCUGGAGGGGUGGAGCAAACCUUAAAGGUAUAAUGGCAAACAAAGUCUUGGUAUAACAGACCAGUAGGAGGUCUCCAUUUGAAUUUAAGCAUUACUGUUGGCAAUGUAAAUGCUUAAUCUCACUGUCUGGAGUCAUCCUUUUAUUCAUUAAAUUAUAUUCGUUAAACUGUUUGUAAUGGUUUAAAGAAGGGUGAGGAACCUUCGGCUCUCCAGAUGUUUUGGACUACAUUUCCCAUAAUGCUUGCAAAACAUCCAGGGAGAUGUAGUCCAAAACAUCUAGAGGGCCGAAGGUUCCCCACCCCUGGUUUAAAGGUACACGAUUGGCACCCAUACCACUUAAUCUCAUUGAAGUGGUCUCUGUGAAGUGCUCCUAACCCUACAAUCUAAAACAUUGCAGUUUCACAUUAGAUUCCCCAGCGCAGAGUGACCUCUGUGCUGGAGUAAGGUUAUUUAAAUGGUGAAAUAACCCUUUUUGUUGCUACAACGGGAGUUAGGGAUACAGCUUUGUAUAUAUAUUUUUUUUUUUCCAACAAUCUUUAUUUUUUUCUUUAGCAUUUAAUACAAAAAAGUAGAAGACUGAUAUUGCAUAUGACAUAGAAGGUUGUGUUAAAACUACUUAUGCGGUAGUUGCGGUGCUCAAUAUUGUGCCUUACACAAUCAAGUUGGUUUCAACAGCAGGGUGGUUAUUUGUCUCCCUCCUUAGUGGCGCUACCACAAUAAGUCUUGCAGGGUUAACCCUUCAGAAUUGUGCUACAGCCUCUUUAACCAUACCAUUGUUAAUCUUGCUGUCUUACAUGUUGUCAUGCUAACCUUGCUCAAAUAUAUACAGGUUGACCAGUUAUUAGUAUGUCAUCGCCAGGUUUCGUCUUUCUAUAUGAAGCCUAGUAAAUUGUUUCCCAGACCCUGCAUAACGUAGUCAUGAAUGUUGACUGUCAAUAUUGUUGUUAUCCUCUGUCAGUUGAAGAGAUGUUUAGGGCACUGUCUGCGUAUAGGGGAUCCCGCGAGCUGUGCACUGAUAACAUAUUUUUACUACUGUCUGUGCAUUUGUCUCAACCCAUAGCUUCCUUGGAAACUUUGAUGUAUUGUCUCAAGUAGGCAGCAGACCCUUUGUCGGUCAUGUCAGUCAUCUAUGCGGUUGCCAGUCAGACAUUUGGACCAGUUAUGCCUCUCAUUCUCCUCCAGGGUUAAUAGGUACCCCACCAUCGCGCGCCCCCUCCCGCGGAGUUGAAGAGGUUAAAACCCCUUCAGCCACUUACAUGAAUCCAGCGCCAAUGUUCCUCGGCACUGGAUCAGGCUCCACCCACGCUCCUUGUCAGCCGACAGGGGAGCCCUAAAGCGCAUGCGCGGCAAUUGCCGCACGCAGUAGACCUCCCAAUAGGAAAGCAUUAUUGAAUGCUUUCCUAUGGAGAAAAUCUGACGCCGGAUGUCCAGCAUCGAAUAACGGACCAAAAGUUAGUUUGGAUUCCGGAAGCCCUCUAGUGGUUGUCUGUUUAGUUCUCUGGUGCAAAAGGAUCACGGCACCCAGAUCACUUUGAUUAGCUGAAGGGGUCUGGGUGCCUACAUUGUCCCUUUUUAAGACACAUCAGACACAAUUAAAAAUUUUUAAUGAAAUGGUUAUAGUGUCCCUUUAACUACAUGGAAGUAUCUGAAAUCCAGGGACCCAGAUUGGUCUUUGGGGUAAGCUGCAAAUACCCAAGUAAAUGUACGAAAUCUGUAUAGCGCUGGGUAUCUCCAGUGGAGACACCAGUGUAGCACACCCUGACAAACAUAGGGUCCCUCAAAAACCAAGCAUUAGAUUAAAAAAAAAAAUAUAUAUAUCACAGCCAAGUUGUGCCAAAAUUUUUUUUUAUUUUUUUUUAUAUGUAUACCCCAAUACUAAGCAUCAGAUAUAAUGGGAGUAUGAAAUUUCACAUAGAUGGUCUUGCUGCAUACAUGUUCUGGAAUUAUCAAUGGUCAUAUGUAAAGAGAAAGACACACCACGCCUCCCCCUUUUUAUGUUUUUUAUCCUAGGGUGAUUUUUCUAAUCACUUUCCUAGGGUGAAUUUUAUUUUUAUUUUUCCCAUCUAUCAUGACACAUCAUUGGUAUUUAAAGGGACAGUCUAAGGUAAAAAAAAUCACAACUACUCGGUUACAUCUUGCAAUGCGCAUGCCCACUAGGGAUUACCAGACAAACAUCCCCGUGGGGCUUUCGUCACAGGUUCAGUGAUUUGAUGAUGGUGUCCUCAUGCAAAGUAUGUGGAUGCUCUGUUAUUUAAAAGUAUAUUUUUAUAAACCAAAAAUGUGGUCUUCUUUUUAUAAUAGACAUGCUCUCAUUUCAGAAUAUUUUGUUACCCUUUUUUUUUUGUAAAGAGAAAGUUGCAUUAGUAUAGCUCAUAUGUUGCGCAUUUCUGCAAUUUGUAUUCCUUACCAAUUGCUGUUUCUCCAUUUGAUGGGUGUGGUGUGUUUUUGUUUUUUAUUGAUAAGGUUGCUGACUGGACAGGGGCCACCUACCAGGACAAAAGAUAUACCAGUAAGUAUUUAAUCUUUUAUCUUGACUUUGCACUUACUAUUGAACAAACUCCUCAGAAUCUUUUCCAUGUCUAGUGCUAUCUAAAUGUCAACUGCAAUGAGGCCACUGCUUGUAUGUGAGUGUUCUCAUUACCAAGACCAUAUAUACAAUGAAAGUCCAAAAUGGCUGCUGUUAUUAGUCCAAUACCUGUGACCCUGUUAAUAAUUCUAUUUAGAUAGUUUACUGAAAAGCUCAUACUUAUCCCUUUCAACAGUAGAUAGAGGUUAAUUUUAGACCUUGAGAAAGGUUUCCUUUCUCCUUUCCCUGAAAGGAGCGGGGGGGGGGAUUUAAACCAGCAAAGUUAGGCACUUAACUCCAUCUGUUGCCGAACUAAAAUUAACAUGUAAAAUAAAUAUUAUUGAAAGGCAUGCAAAAUAAACCUUUACCGUCUAAUUGCGUGAUAAAUAAGAUUAAAGCUUUUUAAUUCCAAGGAUUUUCACGCUCUGCGCUUGAAGUUCAGUUCUGUAUGGUUUGGUGUGUUCUAUACAGUCAUGUUGCCCGGAUAUUUUUCCAGGUAAAUGUGACUUAAUCCAUCUGAUGUUUGGUCAUUGGGCGAGUUUUUGCGUGGAACAAAACUGAUGUGUAUUAUGUUCUCUGCCAGUUUAUACAUUUUUAUCCCUGUUUCUGCUUUUGCUUUAUCCAAGUGUUCUGACUGAUUUCAUUAUAUUUUAUCAGAUAAAUAUUCUUCCCAGUUUGGUGGUGGCAGUCAAUAUGCAUAUUUCCAUGAAGAAGAUGAAACCAGCUUUCAGUUGGUGGAUACAACAAAGAUGCAGAAGACUGCAUACCAGAGGAACAGACUACGAUUUGCCCAGGUAUAAAUACAGUUCACGUGCAGGCUUUGGUAGACGUUGAUCUAUAAAUCAUGUUACGUAUGUCAGAAUUUGGAAAAGGAUAAUUAACAAGGAUAGCACACUAUGAACAAAAUAGAAAGAAAGAUAAGAACAGAGAUACAAUCUAAAAAGACGGUGUGCUCACUCUAUCUCUAGACCCAAUGCAAACGAUAAAGAAUGAAUAAGAAGCACACACCAUAAAGUACCCAAAUUUUAUGAGAUAAUACACUAAUAUAUACAUUGUCCAUGUAUCAGACUAGAUCGUGAUAUAAAAAAGACUAUACAUAAAAUCAUCAUGUAUAUACAAUUGUCACAAAAGAUCUAAAAAAAAAAAUAUAUAAAGUGACAAACACAAUGCAAACAAAUCAUGUAUCUUAAACACCACAAAUCAAAGGUAAUCACUCAAAAAAUGCAAGUAUGCCAAAAAAUACAACCGUUUAAAUAUAUACCAAAGAAAAGCCAGUUAACACAAGAUAUUAGUGUGAGAGAAGAGGGGUACAAGAUAAAUAAACAAAUCCAACAUUUUGGCAAAGCUGCCUUUGUCAAGGGAGCAUGAGCAAAUGUUGGACUUUAACAUUGGGAAAGUUGGUGCCCUGUAGUAAAAAAUAAAAUAAAACUCUUAAAUCUGGUGUUUCAGUGGUAUUGAUUUUUAUAUUGUUGUUUUUUUUCCAGCGGAAUCUGCGUCGAGAUAAAGACCGGCGAAAUAUGCUUCAAUCAAAUAUGCAGACUCUGCCUAAAAGUGCCAAGCAAAAGGAGAGGUACAUGGUUUCUCUGAUAUUAUUUAAACUUUAUAAUGGAAUUAUAAUAUAGUAAGUAUAAUUUCACUGUGCUAUCUACAUAUAUACAAGCAAAUAUAUAUUCUGUCUAUCAGGGAUCGUCUCCGGCUGCAGAAGAAAUUCCAAAAGCAGUUUGGAGUUCGUCAGAAAUGGGACCAAAAAUCUCAGGUACUAUUCUCUUUAAAUUCUUUCCUUCCUUUUGGGUUAUGUGUAUCUUGGGGUUUUUUUUUUUGUAGGCUGAUCUGCUGCUAUUUUCUAGACACAGCUAAAACCAAGAGACUCCUCAGUAGAGGUCCGGAGUGACUGGGAGGUAAAAGAAGAAAUGGACUUCCCUCGGCUGUUAAAAAUGCGUUACCUGGAAGUCUCUGAACCUGUAGACAUGUAAGUAUGUUAAUACAAAUCUGUAUGAUCAAGUAAGUUGUGCAUUCCACUUUCUAUAUCCUGUCUGCAUGGACAUGGUAAACUAUCCAGUAAAGAUCUAAACUUAUGAUUCUAUAACCAGUCCUCAAAGUCAACCAUGUCCAAAAAUCCAAAUAGGUAGGCGAAACAUUCUACUGUUGGGAACAGUUGCGUGUUCCUUUAUUACUGUAUAUUGUAUUUGUUCCAUUCGCUCCCUUAUGGUGGAUAUAUUCCGUUGUUGUGUGCUUCCUUUUUACAGAUAGACAUGUAUGUCUAUAUGUUUUUAUUUUUUCCUUUAUAUAUGUAAAUACAAUACCUGAAGUUUUGUUAGUGGGGCGUGGUUUUUGAUUUGUGGGUUUGUCUUUUGAAGUGAACCUAAUUAUCAUGUAAAUUUUCAGUUGUCUGACUUCACUCCCAUAUACUUUGAAUACACCAUAUAUCACAAAGAUACAUAGAAACCUAGAAUGUGACGGCAGAUAAGAACCAUUCAAACCCAUCUAGUCUGCCCAAUUUUCUAAAUACACAUUUGUGUAUUCAAUGUAAAAUAUGGAGAUUUACUCCCUUUUCCUCCGUGCCAUUGCCACCGUCCUCAAUCUUCAUUGUUGUUGCUUUUUGUGUAACAACCAUCUCCGCCUUCACUCCUCCUGCCGUCUUCUAUGAUUUGUCCUGCUUGGGACGUAUCCCCAAGCAGGGUAAAUCUCCACAGUGAAGUGAGUCACUCCAUUCCUAUAGUCCCUAACCGGCACUAGGGAGUUUUCUGUGAUGCGCUGGCUAUGGGUGGGAGAGCAAAGGGAUCUCCUGUGGCAUUGACAGCUAUGAGAAAAAGCUGCUAUUAUGUUUUUUUUUUCUCCUAAUCUUGCACAAUAUAUAAAUAGAAAAUUAUGCUCAAUCUAAUGAGCAUAAGUUGUUUGGGGCAUGACAGGUGGGCUGUAAUAAUUUGUACAUAUUUGUCUUUGUUUAUUGUUGAUAAAAUGCCUUAAAUAGCUUUCCUUCCCAUAUGUUAGUGAAUGCUGUGGAGCCCUGGAAUACUAUGAUAAGGCUUUUGACCGAAUUACCACAAGGAAUGAAAGACCGUUAAAGAGCAUCAAAAGGAUCUUCCAUACUGUCACUACAACAGAUGACCCCGUUAUUCGAAAGGUGCGCUAUAAUAUCAGUUUCACAAUUCAGUAAUUUAACGACGUAGCCUCAUAACUGUCCUUUUACAUAAUCUUACAGUUGCUACAUAUAAACUACAGGUGUUCUAUCAAUGUACAGCAGGCGUGUAUCCUUUAGACAUGUUUAUAUGUACCCUGCCCACAUUAUUGGCUUUUCUUUGGUUAUGCCAGCUAUAGUGUUCAUGUUUUUGACUUGUAUUUAUACCUUUGUAGGUCUUGUGGUUUUUUUUUUUUCUCUUUUAUCAAUUUACGCAGUCUUUAUGUAGCUCAUUUUGUGCUCCUAUGUGUAUACUGUGAUUUCUUCUCUGGUUAGGGAUAUAAAUAUUAAAAAGUGGUGACUUCAGCUAUGCAUUUAGUAUAUUUGAGACAUUUUUGACAAUUUCUAUUUUACCAUUAAGGGAGAACCUGUGCAAAGGCAUGGUGUAGAUUACUCUGACUUUUCUGUUUUUCUAAACCCACAGCUUGCCAAGACACAAGGAAAUGUUUUUGCAACGGAUGCCAUCCUUGCUACCCUAAUGUGCAGCACCCGUUCUGUGAACUCCUGGGAUAUUGUGGUCCAAAGAGUGGGAUCGAAGAUAUUCUUCGAUAAGCGAGAUAACUCUGACUUUGGUAAGCAGAAUAGUUAUGGAUUGAUGGCUCUACUUGGCAGUAUCACCAUUUGUUUUUUUCAUUGUUUUCAAGAACCUGUUUUGUCUGUUCUGUCUUUAAGUAUUAUUGUGUCCGUCAAAUCUCUUGUUAUGUUCGUACCCUGCAGAUUUGCUGACAGUCAGUGAAACUGCCAAUGAGCCUCCACAGGAUGAGGUCAACUCUUUAAAUUCCCCUCGAAAUCUUGCAAUGGAGGCUACUUACAUCAACCACAACUUCUCCCAGCAAUGCCUGCGAAUGGUGAGUUGAGACUGGUAAAAUUUGCAAUGGUUUGAAGCACAACACAAUAAGUGUGAGAUCUUGCAUUCUCACUGUCUUAUUUCUUUUACAGGGAAAAGAGAAGCACACAUUUCCCAAUCCUAACCCCUUUAUUGAAGAUGAUGUGGACAAGAAUGAGGUAGCAUCUGUGGCUUAUAGGUAAGAGGUUCUGUCAUUUUUGGUUUGGUCGUUUUUGAUUUCAUGUUUUAGUUGUGUAUGAGUACACAUACUUUUCGUCUAUUUUAGACACGCAAAUACAUAAGCAUUAAUAACAACAUAUUAGUGGAAUAUAUUCUUGGUUUUAAGUUCAGAAUUAAAAAUAUAUAUACUACUUUGUUCAUAACGGGGCCUGUUCCUGGCUUUUAAUUGUUCUAUAGGUACCGGCGAUGGAAGCUUGGGGAUGACAUUGACUUGGUGGUGAGAUGCGAGCAUGAUGGAGUGAUGACUGGGGCCAAUGGAGAGGUGUCCUUCAUUAACAUAAAGACUCUGAAUGAGUGGGAUUCCAGGGUAAGUGAAAGUAGCAGAAAAACAAACCUCCAGUUCUUGUUUAAGAUUUACGGAUUCAAACGUAUUUACACCUUUAGUUUUCUUGAAAACAUAAUGCAUUUUAUCUUUCUCAUACAAGUAUUUAAAUUUUAUGUAAAUAUUUGCUCUAUUAAUCAUAAUCCCCUUGCAUUAUACGCCCAAGCUUAUUGUGCCUUCUCAUUUAAUGUUUUCUGCAGCAUUGCAAUGGUGUAGACUGGCGACAAAAGUUGGAUUCCCAGAGGGGAGCCGUUAUUGCUACAGAGCUAAAGAAUAACAGCUACAAACUGGCACGUUGGACUUGCUGCGCACUGUUAGCAGGCUCAGAGUACCUUAAACUAGGGUAAGAUUUUUGAGUUUAACUGCACAACAGAAAGUUUUAAAAUAUGUUGGCACUAUACAGCAGAAUGUUACAGAAUUCAUAUUUCAUUCACUGUUGCAUAAAUAGAACACAUACUACUCUCAUUGCCUCACCUGUUUGCUUAUGUUGUAAGACAAAUUAAGGGUGCUGAAAUUGAUAGGUUAGCAAAGAAAAUAUCUAUUCACCACGUCAUUUUAAUUUUCCUAAAGGUAUGUGUCCCGUUACCAUGUGAAGGAUUCCUCUCGUCAUGUGGUCUUGGGCACACAGCAAUUCAAGCCCAGUGAGUUUGCCAACCAAAUUAACCUGAGCAUGGAGAAUUCCUGGGGCAUCUUGCGGUGUGUGGUGGAUAUCUGCAUGAAGCUGGAUGAGGGCAAAUACCUUAUUUUGAAAGAUCCCAACAAGGUAAGAGGCACAAGCCGUUCUUGUUUCUGGUUUUCCUUUUUAACCCCUUAAGACCGGAGGGCGUACUAUUACGCCCUAUUUUAGGCGGUUCUAAACGUCGCCGGGCAUAAUAGUACGCCCUCCGGUCUUUCUAUACUUACCUGGUUCCCAUGCCGGCGAUCGCGGUUGGGGGGACUCCGACCCCCUGGCAAAGAAAAUUUAUUACAACGAUGAUAUCGCCAGUAAAAGUGACGGUUUUUGCAUUUUUCACGCACAAACAGCACUUACGCGGACAAUAUUAUUGCUGCGAUACUUUUUACUGUUUUCAAACACAAAUAUUUGUGUUCAGCGAAGUCUCCCGAAUACAACAGUACCCCUCAUGUACAGGUUUUAUGGUGUUUUCAAAAGUUACAGCAUCAAAUAUAAAGCUUGUGUUUCAUUUUUUUCACAUUAAAAUUCGCCAGAUUGGUUACGUUGCCUUUGAGACACUAUGGUAGCCCAAGAAUGAAAAUUACCCCUAUGAUGGCAUACAAUUUGCAAUAGUAGACAACCCAGGGUAUUGCAAACUGGGUAUGUCCAGUCUUUUUUAGUAGCCACUUAGUCACAAACACUGGCCAAAAUUGGUGUUUUUUGCAUUUUUCACACACAAACAAAUACUAACACUAACUUUGGCCAGUGUUUGUGACCAAAUGGCUACUAAAAAAAUACCUUGGGUUGUCUACUAUUGCAAAUGAUAUGCCGUUAUGGGUGUAAAUUUCUUUCCUCGGCUACUAUAAAGUCCCAAAGGCAACAUAACCAAUCUGGCGAAUUUCAAUUUCAAAUGUAACGUGCUAUAUUUGACCCUGUAACUUCCCAAAAUGCCAUAAAACCUGUACAUAGGGGGUACUGUUUUACACGUGAGACUUUGCUGAAUACAAAUGUGUAUUUUAUUGCAGUAAAAGCAAACAGUAUUAUGACAUUGACCGUUAAAAUGUCAUGUAGAACUAAAAAAAGCGUAUUUUCUCCCGUUUUUUUCUUAUUAAAUUAUGUUUCAUAGCUAAAUAUUUGAUAUUAAAUGAAAGCCUUGUUUCCCCUGAAUAAAAUGAUAUAUAAUAAGGGUGGGUGUAUUUAAUAUGAAAGAGGUGUAUUACGGUUGGACAGACAUGUAGCGCAAAUGCCAGGUUUUGUUUACAACGUGUACAUUUGGCUCCGUCCUUAAGGGGUUAACGCUUUCUCCCCCCCCCCAUAUGUAUUUCUAGCAAGUUAUUCGGAUUUACAGUUUGCCUGAUGGAACUUUCAGCUCAGAUGAGGAUGAUGAUGAUGACGAUGAAGACGAGGAGGAGGAAGUUGAAGGUAAAUGUUGUGUUUUAUUUGUCCCUCUACACGUUCCCACAAAGAAAAUAAAUUGUAAAUUAAGGCUUAAUUUUUUGCACCUUUAACCAUGUAUUGGAGUACAAUAUACUGCUUGUUUUCUGUAUCUUUUUGUGACAGGCUGUACUUUAAAAAAACUUUUUGAUGGUGAGGAUGUGUACCCAAAACCUGACUCCAUGAGUCUCUAUGAGGAGAUGUUGCUUGGUCUCAGCCCGAUGGUUGCUGAGCAUGUGCAUUAGCCUUCCUAUUCUUCAGUAUGGGGAAGCAUUGGAUUGGUUGAGAUCAUCAUGAUUGAUCUCAGCCAGUGCAGAUAGGACAACACUUGUGGGAAGUAUGCAGACUAAAUCACUUUAUUUCCUUUAUAUGGGGGGACGUGAUCUAAAUCAUCAUAACAUGCAUGAUUUGUAUUCUUCCUUAUCCUAUAGUGUUUUAGGACCUAUUUCUUUUUAUUGCCAGGGUUGAAAGAUAUAUGUAAAUUAGUUAACUCUUGCAGUGUUGCAUAAAUAGCGCACAAGUACAACACGGCUUAAUAAAAUUCCAAAAGUGCCUACACGUGUAUGGAAUUUCACCACAGGCAAACUAAGCACUGCAUUAGUAAACCACUUCAGACACAAGAAACUCACUUCUUUUGGAACACCCUAUGCACCAUGACCACUAAAUCACAUAGUAAUUAUUGUGAAAGGCUUAGCUCAUGGCUGAUAGCGCUCAGUUGACAUUACACUAUUCUGCCAGCUCCACAUUGUAGCACAGGGAAGCUAACAGACAUCCCCAUUAGGUGCUUCCAUGUUCAAUAUGAAGAAGUAACCACUUGGAGGGCGCCAGGACACCCAUUGCAUCAUAACUACUUCAACAAGAUUGCUACUCUAGUAAAGUCCAAAUGUAAAAACGGAGGGGAAUUCUGCAGUCUGGUUACAGCUACAAAUUGGUUAAUUUAUCUUGAAUUUUUAUUAUUUUAAUUUGAUGCAGUUCGUAGUUUAGUGAAUAACUCAAACUAUAUUACAACUGUGCUAUAAGCAGUUUUUAUAUUUUCAGUCCUUUCCAAUACAAUCAAUACAAUAUGUAAAAUUCUAUAACAUUCAGCAGUAUUUAGUAAAAUGUAUUUGUUUGACUUGUCCGAGGUGUCUGUAAGGCCCUAGUAGUUUAGUUUGUUUUUUAACACGUUUUUUUUUUUCUGUUGCAGAAGAAGAAAGUUAAAUAGGCAAACAGCCAUUGAAUAUCAUUGCUUCCCAUAAUGUUUCCUCAGUCAUGGACCUUCGAGAAGAGAAAAAGAAAUAAGAAAUCAAUAAAUAUUCUAUACAACGUCCGUCCCUCCGGUCUCCGUUUUUAUUUUGCUCAAAGAUUAGG